UCGCGGGUGUACAGUGAUGAUAAUAUUACUAUCAAUCAAAGGCACAUGUGUUGUCUUCUCCAGUCUGCCAACCCCUCACACACAGGCCUUAGAGCGUCAGAAGCCUUCUCAUACACACACAUCAGCUCACAAAACGCCCCCGCUUCACUCACACACGGCUCAUAAGUCACACCAUCUGCCAGGCCCUGUGUCUCCGCCAUGGCCGCGCCAGCCAGCCCAACCAGCGAAGGCUCACAGGGCACCAUCACACUCCUGUUGAGAGCGGUGCUGAGUGUCUGGGCGAGAAGAGAAGAGUUGGCGCAUCCCCCAACCACCACAACCGGCUGAGAUGAAGACACAUCCACAACCGAUGGCAUGUACUUCUCGAGGUGUCGAAUCAGCCGGGCUGCCUGGAACGCCACGCCCUCGUGGACGGCGCGGCAGAGGUCGGCAGGCGAGGUCGAUGCCGUCACCCCGAUAAACGCGCCGGAUGCAUUUGGACCUGCCCACACAGACAUCAAGAGAUACCUCCACGGCAUCCAAGCAGCGAAAAUACCCAUGGUUCCGCACUUACAGUUGUCAGGCGAUCUCUCCCCCUUGAGGUGCGGCAACCAGAGCACGCCUCCGCCACCAACUCGACCCUCAGACGCCAUAGCCUCCAUCCCUUUCCCCACGCCGGCUCCGAUCUGCAGGCCCUCCAGCCACUCAAAGUUGCCUCCAGCCGUCAGCAUUGGCGCAGCAAGGACAACACGGGAGGGAUCAUAGUGAUACGCCAACGUGAAGAUCCCCUCAGUGGCCGCAGGUGGGGACGAGCCAGGGGGUAGCAGGGUGGCUGCCCAGCCAGAUGUGCCGAGGUAGAGAUAGGUGGGACAGACAGACGCCGGCUGUGUGUUGGAGGUGGGGGUGGGGGCGAAGGAGAGGGCGCCGUGGGUGAUGGAGGCGACGUCUCCACCGGCGUGAUAGACUUGAGCGCCUCGGAUCCAUUGCAGCACUCUGUCAGCGCCAUCCACAUUGGCGACACUCUUCCCUCCCACCGUCACAGCGCCAACCACCUCCCCUGCUGCCGCAAUCCGAGGCAGCGCCUCAACCAACCCUUCAGCCACACCAGUCCUCAGCAGAACCUCCUUCGCCCACAAGGCUUCCCCUCCGGCGUCAUUCUGCCCCCUCCACACCUUCUCCAUCUCAUGAACGCUCAGCAGUCCAGUAGUUGACGCGUUGGUCACGUCCGUCACGCACUCGCCCGUCAGCCAGUGGAUGAGAUAGUCGGCUGCGCCGAGCAGGACUUGUCGGCAUUGUCUAGCUGCGUCGGGAUGGUGCUUCAUGACCCAGAGCAGCUUUGCGGGGAGGGACGAUGGCCCCUUGAAGGAUAGCAAGGUGGACGAAAGGUCAGGAGGGAUGGAUGCCGCCUCGUCGAUGGCGCGGCUGUCGCUGUAGAGCAGGCAGGGAGCGAUGGGGAGCAGGCCGAGAGCCGCAUCUCCAUCUGUGUGGCCGAGCAUCAUCACUGAACAGAGAGAGGAAAGGACACACACAAUGAGUGCGCUCAUGGCCCUGUUGGGUGUGCCUUGCUGACGUGUUUGCAUGAGUCCGCUGACGCAGAUCUUGGUCGGCUUGCAGUGCGGCUCUUGUGUCAUGAUGGCAUCCAGCCCCUUGACGACCAUCUCAGCCCAGCAGCUGGGGUCCACUUCGCCCUGCGCCAUCUUUGUCCGGCACGAUGGCGGAUAGCGCUGCGUGCUCGUUGCGAUGAUGGACACUCUCGAUGCCUAAUCAGCAAGCAAACUGAGGGAGAAGGCAACUGCAAGGAGAGGGGGUCGCGCUGCUUACCUCGUCUGUGUUUAUGAGUGCCACUUUCACGCUCGUCGAGCCAAGAUCUACACACAGCAUGAUGAGCUCUGACGAUGAG